AUGUCUCAGUCCACCAAGAAUAAGAAGAAAGAGCGUGGUACGGAUGCCCAAUCGUCCCACAUGACUCGGACGCUGGUUAAGCAUGUUCUUUUCGAAAGAAUCCUCCCCAUUCUACCGGUACAAUCCAAUCUGAGAACAUACUCAGAAGUGGAGGAGUAUUCCUCAUUUGUUUCAUGUAGAUCCGUUCUCAUCAAUGUCACCGUUUCCCGAGACGCAAACGCUAUGGUGGAGGGCUCCUUAGAUUUGAUAGAAUCACUUCUUCAAGGGCAUGAAAUCAUUGCGGAUAGCGACAACGGCGACGUUGUAGAGUCGAUAUUGAUCACGCUAAGGCUAUUAAGUGAUACGCUGGAGUACAAUUGGCAAAAUCAAGAAAGUCUCCAGUAUAGUGACAUAUCGACCCACGUAGAGCACGAGCAAGAACAGAAAUACAGACCGAAACUCAACAAUAUUUUGCCCGACUAUUCUUCCACUCAUAACAAUGGCAAUAAACAUUUUUUUCAUCAAACAAAACCGCAAUCGUUAAUACCGGAAUUGGCAUCGAGGUUAAUUGGGAGUUGUUCGAGGCUGAAAUUCAACACAAGAACCUUACAAAUCUUGCAGAAUAUGAUUAAUCAUGUGCACGGCAAUAUUCUGACCACACUAAGCUCCUCUAUUCUGCCCCGCCAUAAAUCCUACCUGGCUAGACAUAACUACCCUUCUCAUUGUAGAAUGAUUGAUUCCACUCUGGGCCAUAUUCUCCGAUUUGUGGCAGCAUCCAAUCCAUCUGAAUACUUUGACUUUAUUAGAAAAAGCCUACAGCUGCCCGUUAUACAAACGCAUGCGCAUUCACACUCUCAUUCACAUUCAUUACCAUCUUCAGUCUAUAACAGCAUAGUGCCCCACUUUGAUCUGUUCAGUUUCAUCUUUUUAACCAAGCAUAAUUUCAAGAAGUACUUGGAACUCAUCAAAAACUUGUCUAUGGCAUUAAGGAAAACGAUAUACCAUUGUUUACUUUUGCAUUUCACCGCUAAGGCAAUCAUGUUUUGGAUAAUGGCUAGACCCGUAGAGUAUUAUGAGCUCUUCAGUCUAUUGAGAGAUCAUAACGAUGAACCCUCUAAAUCCAUAAAUAUGUUGGUUCAUACCCUUUUCGAGGAAAUCCACUCUACUUUCAAUGUAAACAGUAUGAUAACUACCAGUCAGAGCAAUCAUCAGGGUUCCUCUUCUCCUUCAACGUCUUCGUCAUCGUCACCACCUAGCUCGUCGUCAUCGGAUAACAACCAAAAUAUAAUAGCUAAAUCUUUGAGUCGCCAACUUUCUCAUCAUCAAUCCUACACUCAACAACAACAACAACCUGAGAGGAAACUUCAUUCUUCAUGGGCUACAAACUCUCAAUCAUCCACGUCAUUGUCGUCAUCAGCCUCUUCUUCUACAACAACAGAUUUCUCUAAUAACGGACAAUCAGGAGAAUAUGACCCAUCCUUACAAGACACUCCAACGAUGUCCAACGUCACCAUUAGUGCGUCUUCCUUAUUAUCUCAAACUCCAACACCAACAACACAAUUGCAGCAACGGUUGAACGCAGCUGCUUCAGCAGCAGCAGCCGCUGCAUCACCAUCGAGUUCGACUCCAAGUGCUUACAUUGAACAAUCACAAAGUCGAGCCUCAUAUGAUGCACCCAAAAUCGGUCAUACUGGCAGGGAUCAUGACGAAAAUUUCCUAUCGGUAACUCGUUUAGAUAAUGUUUUAGAGCUAUACACGCAUUUUGAUGAUACUGAAGUUCUACCGCAUACGUCAGUUUUGAAGUUUUUGACCACUUUGACAAUGUUCGAUAUCGAUCUAUUUAGUGAAUUGUAUACAUCGUCAUUCAAGUAUAUCCCCGAUUGUACGACAAACAGGCCAAGAGAAAGAACAAGUUCAUUCAAUAACCCAGCACAUGAAACAGGCUCAGAAAAAACUUCGGGCAUUAAACAUAUUACACAAGGUUUGAGGAAAUUGACUUCUUUGCCUACUUCAACAAAGAAAAGUGUAAAAUUUAUAAAAAUGUUGAUGAAAAAUUUGAAUGGAACUCAAGUCGUAUCUGAUGUUGCUCUUUUAGAUACAAUGAGGGCUUUACUAUCAUUUCUAACAAUGACCUCUGCAGUCUUUCUGGUGGAUAGAAACUUACCUUCGGUGCUUUUUGCCAAGAGACUCAUUCCUAUAUUAGGGACAAAUUUAAGCGUUGGUCAAGAUUGGAAUUCAAAAACGAAUCACAAUUUAAUGAUUUGUUUGAAAAGGAAUUCUGCCACGUUCAUUCAAUUACAAUUAAUAUUCUUUUCUUCGGCUAUUCAAUUCGACCAUGAAUUAUUGCUGGCACGUUUGAGCAUUGAUACGAUGGCCAACAAUUUAAACAUGCAAAAGCUAUGUCUUUAUACUGAAGGAUUCAGGUUAUUCUUCGACAUACCAAGUAAAAAAGAAUUGCGGAAAGCAAUUUCAGUGAAAAUUUCCAAAUUUUUUAAAACACUUUUUUCCAUCAUAGCCGAUAUUCUUUUGCAAGAGUUUCCAUAUUUUGAUGAGCAAAUCACCGAUAUAGUCACCUCUAUUCUGGAUGGUACAAUUAUUAAUGAGUAUGGUACCAAGAAGCAUUUCAAAGGAAGCUCACCAUCUUUAUGUUCGACAUCUAGAUCGAGGUCAGGAUCCACAUCUCAAAGUUCGAUGACACCUGUCUCUCCCCUGGGAUUAGAUGCAGAUAUAUGUCCAAUGAAUACUUUAUCCUUGGUUGGUUCGAGCACUUCAAGGAAUUCCGACAAUGUCAACUCUUUAAACAGUUCUCCAAAGAAUUUAUCGUCCGACCCAUACCUGUCACACCUUGUUGCCCCAAGAGCUCGUCAUACACUAGGUGGUCCAUCCAGUAUUAUAAGGAACAAGAUUUCUACUACAUUAACCUCGCCUCCGGAUACGGAAAAAUCAUCACCUGUACAGCGUCCACAAACUGAAAGCAUCAGCGCCACACCUAUGGCAAUAACAAAUUCUACACCCUUAUCAUCGGCGGCCUUGGGAAUGCGAUCGCCUCUACAGAAGAUUAGAACGAGGCGCUAUUCUGAUGAAAGCUUGGGUAAAUUCAUGAAAUCAACGAAUAACUAUAUUCAAGAACAUUUGGUGCCAAAAGAGUUGGACGAGGCUACUCUUCAAGAUUCUAGAAGAAUAAUGAUUAAUAUUUUCAACAUAUUCAAGAGACCUAAUAGUUAUUUUAUUAUCCCACACAACCUGAAUUCCAAUUUACAAUGGGUGUCGCAAGACUUCAGAAAUAUUAUGAAGCCAAUUUUCGUUGCUAUUGUAAGUUCGGAUAUAGCUUUACAAAAGACAGCCCAAUCAUUCAUGGAUACGCUGUUAUCUAAUGUUAUUAAUUAUAGCGAAUCAGAUGAGAACAUCAGUAUUGAAGGUUAUCACCUCCUUUGCAGUUAUACUGUAACAUUAUUCGCCAUGGGUCUUUUCGACUUGAAGAUUAAAAAUGAAAAGCGUCAAAUCCUUUUAGAUAUAACCAUAAAGUUUAUGAAAGUGAGGUCACAUUUAGCUGGAAUCGCUGAGGCUUCACAUCAUAUGGAACACAUAAAUGAUUCAGAAAAACUUACUUUCCCACUGAUAAUGGGGACCGUUGGUAGAGCUUUAUUCGUUUCACUAUAUUCUAGUCAACAAAAAAUCGAAAAAACCUUGAAGAUUGCAUACACAGAAUACCUGUCAGCUAUCAAUUUCCAUGAAAGAAAUAUUGAUGACUCUGAUAAGACUUGGGUCCACAAUAUUGAGUUUGUGGAAGCAAUGUGCCAUGAUAAUUACACUACUUCUGGCUCAAUUGCAUUCCAAAGGAGAACCAGGAAUAAUAUUCUACGAUUUGCUACUAUUCCCAACGCAAUAUUACUUGACUCAAUGAGAAUGAUUUACAAAAAGUGGCACACGUACACGCAUACUAAAAACUUAGAUAAACAAGAAUUAAAUGACUUCAGAAAUUUCGCGGGUAUUCUGGCUUCGUUGUCAGGUGUCUUAUUCACUAAUAAAAAGAUAUUAGAAGAAGUAUACCCUUACCUGCUUGAUACCGUCUCGGAAUUAAAAAAAAAUAUAGACUCUUUUAUCUCGAAGCAAUGCCAAUGGCUAAACUAUCCUGAUUUAUUAACGAGAGAAAAUUCUAGGGAUAUUCUAAGUUUAGAGCUACAUCCUUUGUCAUUCAACUUACUUUUCAGUAAUUUGAGGCUAAAGUUGAAAGAAUUGGCUUGUUCAGAUUUAUCGAUACCAGAAAAUGAAAGCUCCUAUGUUUUAUUAGAACAAAUAAUCAAGAUGUUACGGACAAUAUUAAGUCGUGACGAUGAUAAUUUUGUAAUGAUGCUUUUUUCCACAGAGAUAGUUGACCUAAUUGACCUAUUGACGGAUGAAAUCAAGAAGAUCCCAGCUUACUGUUCCAAAUACUUGAAGGCAAUUAUUCAAGUGACCAAAAUGUUUAGUGCUUUGAAGCAUUCAGAGGUAAAUUUGGGUGUGAAGAAUCAUUUUCAUGUUAAAAACAAAUGGCUGCGACAAGUGACUGAUUGGUUUCAAGUUAGUAUUGGAAGGGAAUAUGAUUUUGAAAACUUGUCAAAGCCACUAAAAGAAAUGGAUUUGCUGAAAAGAGAUAUGGACAUUUUAUAUAUAGAUACGGCGAUCGAAGCUUCAACUGCGAUUGCAUAUUUGACGAGGCAUACUUUCCUAGAAAUCCCACCAGCGGCCUCAGACCCUGAGUUAUCCCGUUCCAGAUCAGUGAUAUUUGGAUACUACUUCAAUAUCUUGAUGAAGGGCCUUGAAAAAAGUAGUGAUCGCGAUAAAUUUCCAGUAUUUUUGAAACACAAAAUGAGCGUCCUUAAUGAUAAUGUUAUCCUUUCGUUAACAAAUCUUUCCAACACUAACGUUGAUGCAAGUUUGCAAUUCACCUUACCGAUGGGCUAUUCCGGCAAUCGAAACAUAAGGAAUGCAUUUUUGGAAGUAUUCAUUAAUAUUGUUACAAACUAUCGUACCUACACUGCUAAAUCCGAUCUUAGGAAGUUGGAAGCAGCUGACAAAUGUUUGCAAUAUACAAUUGAACAUCCUGGACUAUCAUCUUACGGGGCAGCAGUUUGUCCCGCUAGUGAUAUUGACGCUUAUGCUGCUGGCUUAAUAAAUGCAUUCGAAACAAGGAAUGCCACUCAUAUUGUAGUGUCACAGCUCAUCAAAAAUGAGAUUGAGAAUUCAUCUAGACCUACUGAUAUUCUUAGAAGAAAUAGCUGUGCUACGAGGUCCUUAUCUAUGUUAGCCAGGUCCAAGGGUAGUGAAUAUUUGAUCCGUACUUUGCAACCAUUGCUUAAAAAGAUUAUUGAGAAGAAGGAGUUUUUUGAAAUCGAGAAAUUGAGAUUAGAGGAUUCAGGCGCAGAACACCAAGUGGAACUUUUUGUUAAAUAUAUGAAUGAACUGCUAGAGGCGAUAUCAAACUCAAUCACUUAUUUCCCACCUCCUCUAUUUUAUAUUUGUCAAAAUAUAUACAAGGUUGCGUGUGAAAAGUUUCCACACCAUGCUCUCAUUGCUGCUGGCUCUUUCGUAUUUCUACGUUUUUUUUGUCCUGCUUUGGUUAGCCCUGAUUCCGAAAAUAUUAUAGACAUCUCCCAUCCUAGUGAAAAGCGUACAUUUAUCAGCUUAGCUAAAGUUAUUCAAAAUAUCGCUAACGGUUCAGAGAAUUUUUCCAGAUGGCCAGCUUUGUGCGCUCAAAAGGUCUUCCUCAAGGAAUGUAGCGACAGAAUUUUUAGAUUCCUCGCUGAACUUUGCCGAACAGAUCGUACGAUAGAUAUCCAAGUUAGAACAGAUUCUGCCCCAAUAGCCUUUGAUUAUCAGUUUCUUCAUUCCUUUGUUUAUCUUUAUGGACUUCAAAUUAGAAGAAAUGUACUUAACGAAGCAAAACAUGAUGAUGGUGACAUUGACGGAGAAGAUUUUUAUAAAACAACAUUCUUACUCAUCGAUGAUGUCCUCGGUCAACUAGGUCAACCAAAAAUGGAGUUUUCUAACGAAAUACCAAUAUAUAUCAGGGAACAUAUGGACGACUACCCGGAACUGUAUGAGUUCAUGAAUAGACACGCAUUUAGAAACAUUAAAACAUCAACAGCGUACAGUCCAAACGUUCACGAGUCUACUUCAAGUGAAGGUAUUCCGAUCAUUACUUUAACAAUGUCAAAUUUUUCAGACAAACAUAUGGAUAUUGAUACGAUCGUUUAUAAGUUUCUGCAGAUUUAUGCUCGAAUCUGGACCACCAAACAUUGUCUUAUUAUUGAUUGCACUGAAUUUGAUGAAGAUGGACUUGAUAUGAAAAAAUUCAUUUCAUUGGUGAUGGGAUUAUUACCGGAAGUUGCACCAAUGAAUUGUAUCGGGUGUUACUAUUUUAAUGUAAACGAAACGUUCAUGGAUAACUAUGGGAAAUGCUUGGACAAAGAUAAUGUAUUUGUUUCUUCAAAAAUUCCUCAUUAUUUCAUCAAUAGUAAUUCUGAUGAAGAUCUAAUGAAAUCCGUAGGAAUAACAGGGCAAGGUUUGAAAGUUUUGCAAGACAUCCGUGUCUCUUUACAUGACAUCACCCUGUAUGACGAAAAAAGGAAUAGGUUUACUCCAGUUUCGCUGAAGAUAGGUGAUAUUUAUUUUCAGGUCUUACAUGAAACCCCUAGACAAUACAAAAUAAGAGAUAUGGAUACCUUAUUUGAUGUCAAAUUUAAUGACGUCCAUGAAAUCAGCCGAAUUUUUGAAGUACAUGUUUCUUCGAUAACUGGGGUACCUGCCGAGUUUACAGUAACUUUCCAAGAUGGAAAAAGGCUGAUUUUUAGUAGCCCCAAAUAUCUCGAGAUUGUGAAAAUGUUUUAUUACGCACAAAUUCGGCUAGAAAGUGAAUAUGAAAUGGACAACAAUUCGGGCAGCUUUUCCUCAAAUUCAAGUGUCAAAGAUAAACAGCAAAAAGAAAAAACAAAAUUGUUGUGCCACCUACUACUAGUAUCACUUAUUGGCUUGUUCGAUGAAAAUAAAAAAAUGAAAAAUAAUUCAUAUAAUCUAAUAGCUGCUACCGAGGUAUCAUUUGGUUUGAACUUUGGCUCGCAUUUUCAUCGUUCUCCUGAAGUAUACGUUCCUGAAGAUACCACUACAUUCUUAGGUGUAAUCGGGAAAUCACUUGCGGAAUCCAAUCCCGAAUUGACCACCUAUAUGUUCAUCUAUAUUCUUGAAGCGUUAAAGAAUAACGUGAUUCCUCAUGUUUACAUUCCUCAUACAAUCUGUGGUUUAUCUUAUUGGAUUCCGAACCUGUAUCAGCAUGUGUAUUUGGCUGACGACGAAGAAGGUCCUGAAAACAUAUCGCAUAUUUUUCGCGUGCUCAUCAGACUUUCCGUGAGAGAAACUGAUUUUAAGGCAGUAUACAUGCAAUAUAUUUGGCUGCUUCUUUUGGAUGACGGCCGCUUGACUGAUAUUAUCGUCGACGAAGUUAUCAACCACGCUUUAGAGAGAGAUUCCGAAAACCGCGACUGGAAGAAAACAAUAUCAUUAUUAACUGUUCUACCAACUACCGAGGUUGCCAAUAAUAUCAUUCAGAAAAUAAUGGCGAAAAUUAGAUCAUUCUUACCGUCUCUAAAAUUAGAAGCUAUGACCCAAAGUUGGUCCGAACUAACAAUACUGGUUAGAAUAAGCAUCCAUGUUUUCUUCGAGACCUCUUUACUGGUACAAAUGUACUUGCCCGAGAUCUUAUUUAUUGUAUCAUUGUUAAUUGAUGUUGGGCCAAGGGAGCUCAGGUCAUCAUUACACCAGCUGCUAAUGAAUGUGUGUCAUUCCUUGGCCAUUAACUCUGCAUUACCACAAGAUCACAGAAAUAAUCUAGACGAGAUAAGUGACAUAUUCGCUCAUCAGAAAGUGAAGUUUAUGUUUGGAUUCAGUGAGGACAAAGGAAGAAUUUUACAAAUAUUCAGCGCAUCUUCGUUUGCAAGCAAGUUCAAUAUUCUGGAUUUCUUUAUUAACAAUAUAUUAUUGCUGAUGGAAUAUUCUUCAACCUAUGAGGCAAAUGUAUGGAAGACAAGAUAUAAGAAGUAUGUUUUGGAAUCUGUGUUCACCAGCAACUCUUUCCUUUCAGCACGCUCGAUCAUGAUCGUUGGUAUAAUGGGUAAAUCUUACAUAACUGAGCGAUUAUGCAAGGCUAUGCUAGUGGAGACAAUGAAAGUUGUUGCCGAGCCGAAGAUUACCGACGAACACCUUUUCUUAGCCAUUUCUCAUAUCUUUACUUAUUCCAAGAUUGUCGAGGGGUUAGAUCCAAACCUAGAUUUAAUGAAGCACUUGUUUUGGCUUUCAACUCUUUUCCUUGACGCGCGUCAUCCCAUAAUUUUUGAAGGUGCUCUCUUAUUUGUGUCAAAUUGUAUGAGGCGUCUAUAUAUGUCCCAGUUUGAAAACGAGAGCGAAAUGUCAUUAAUUAGUACAUUGCUGAGGGAGAGAAGGUUUGCUUCUACUUUUCUUAGGAAAAUUGACUCUAUCAAUGGUAUCGUUUGGAAUGAAGAUAAUUUUACGCACAUGAUUGUGUUUAUUAUCAAUAAAGGGUUAUCUAACCCUUUCAUCAGGAAUACGGCCUUUGAUUUUUUGAAGAUGAUGUUCAGAAAUUCCUAUUUCGAACAUCAAAUUGAUGCAAAAUCUGAUCAUUAUUUGUGCUACAUGCUCUUACUUUAUUUCGUUUUAAGUUCCAAUCAAUUUGGAGAACUUCUGGGCGAUGUUGAUUUUGAAGGACAGAUGGUCGCAAUUGAGAACGAAAAUACCAUUCCAAAGGUUUUAUUAGACUGGGUGAGUUCUGACAAAGACGAUGCUAACAUUUCACUCUACCAAUGUGCAGUGCUGUUCAAGUGUUCAGUUACGGAUGAACCAAGUAUGUUCAGGUUUGCGUUAAUUAUUAGACAUCUAUUAAGAGUGAAACCUAUUUGUGCAUUGCGCUUUUACAUCGUUAUUCGUAACGAAAUAAGAAGAAUUUCGGCAUUUGAACAAACCUCGGACUGUGUUCCACUGGCCUUCGAUAUCUUGAAUUUAUUGGUAACGCAUUCGGAGUCUAAUUCAUUAGACAAGAUUCAUGAAGAAUCCAUUGAAUAUCUGACGAAAAGAGGAUUAUUUAUUGUAACUUCUCUUAAUCUAUUCGGAAAGAACUCCGAUAUGAUGCUACCAUUAGAUAUAGAACCUCAAGGCAUUUAUGAACGUAAAAGAAUAAUGACAAUGAUCCUAUCAAGGAUGUCAUGCUCUACCUAA